AUGUCACACUUCGUCGAACACGACGGCCGUUACUCGAGUCCGUCGUUUGUUCAUCCUGUGGACGCGACGGACGGAGGACUGCGUCGCUCCGAUGCUCGCAGAAUGUCCACGCGCCAGAGUCGAAGCGGUAGUUGGCAGCCUCAACCGACCUCGAUGCUGGCCGGAGGGACCUACCAGCCCCAUCCGCCUCCCGUGGAGGCCAUCUCUGGUAUACCGACCCCAGCGGCGAACGCCAGGGGGCUCACAGAAGAGGACUACGAUGCGGAGUACAUGACGGUCGACCCGCCGCCGGUGACGUACCCGGAUGAAGGGUACAUCUACUCAAACGACACCGACGACGGGCAGAAACCAAAGCAGAAGAGACGUUUCGUGGGCGGGUUCGUGUCCAGCUUGAGGAGGCUGCCCAAGGCCAUGGCCCGCAACGUGCUGUACGAUCGCAGGCCGUCCCUCCACCGCUCUGCGCCGCAUGCGGACAUACCCAUCGUCCUGGAGCCAGAGGGCGCACCUCCAUACGAGACACCCGGCGAGCCCAUCACAGGGAACGUUCAUUAUGUCCAGGCGACAGAGAUGCCCAUCGAAUAUCCCGCACCUGCGCAGCCCUCUCAUGUCCGCACACCCUCCCACCUGAGCGUCCAGUCGGCCCGCCCACCGUCCCACAACACGCUGCACUCGCACUCGCACCACUCCAUCUACCUCCCAUCCCACCACUCGUCCGACCAUCACAACUCGCGAUCUCCGCCGCGCGUCGUCCGCAACCCGGACCCCGACGAGGAGUCGGAAGCAAGCACGACGGAGGAGGGCGCCCCGCGGCCCGAUAGGGAGGCCACUCCCCGUCCGGGCACCAUGCACAGCCCCGUCCUCGUCGAGCCCAAACCGGGCCCCGACUACGUGGGCAUGCCGCCCCCCAUCGAGCCGCCGCCCGUUCCCUCGCGCCUUGCGACCGUCCGGCGGUUCCUCCACGAGCUGAGCGCGUUGCCGUGGAUGGCCUCCACCAUCGCGGUCGACUACAUCCCGGCGGAGACCGCGCGCGCUCGGUACCCGCGUCCCGAGGGCGGCCCGGUCUCGUGGUACACGCCCCGACGGCGUCUGAACGUCGACCUGCUCGCGGGCGGCCCCAGCACGCAAGCCUUCGCCGGUGGUUCUGGGCCGGGCCAGCCGCCCGCGCCCGCGCCGAUCCACGCAUCGAGCGCGACGCUCGCGUAUCCGGGCGCGUCUGCCCCCGGCCACGGAUCGGCGGAGGGCGCGUACCAGCAGCCUCCCUCCUCUUCGCUUGGACAUGGCGGACAGUUCGUCUACUCUGCGGUGCCGGUGCUUUCGCCGCCCCCGCCGCUGUACAUGUACCCUGCGCCGUUGCAGGCGAUGUCGUCGCAGCCGAGGAUCAGUCCUGAAACCCAUUCUGAAACUCCACUGGCAGGCGCGAGUCCAGAAACGCAGCACCAGGCAUUUCCGAUCUAUGUAUUGGCGAUGCCUGUCCCGCCAUAUAUGCGUCCCCCGGACCCGGCGCAUUCCUCGCCUCAUCUGUACAAUCCCAUGUACCCUGCUGUUCAUCCUUGA